AUGUGGACAGACAGUAACACAGUAACACUUCCCUGGAUACAGACAGGAACACUUCCUUGGAUACGCAAGCCUAGUCAUGUCUGGAAGACGUUUGUAGCUAAUAGAGUGGAGGAAAUCCAGACGACUUGGGAACCUGAGUUAUGGAGACACUGUCCAAGAGAAGAUAAUCCUAGCGAUUUACUGACUCGUGGAUUGCCAGCAGAAGACUUAGUCAACCGUGAGGAAUGGUGGUGUGGACCUCAGUGGUUACCAUUGUCGACAGAUAUGUGGCCCAAGGGAAAGUUGUCAGAUGUGUCUAGUGAAGAUCGAGAGGAGAAGACAACAACCAGGUCCAAUGUGGCCAUCGUUGAGGAGCCUCCCAAGAAUUACCCCAUAGAUGCAAGCAGAUAUGGUUCAGAGAAGUCGUACCCGAGUGACAGCGAGAGUCUUUUGUGUCAUACAAGGAGCACAUAUAAAGACGAAAUCGAGACGUUGGAGAACGGAGGUGUUCUUACGAAGAGUCGCAUCCUUAAAUUGGAUCCCAAAUUUGACGAAGUCGACAAAGUGCUCAGAGUAGGUGGCAGGUUACAGAACUCAGAGUUGAAAGAGGAGACCAAGAACCAAGUGAUACUUCCGCACAACCAUCCAAUCGUGGACAAAAUAGUCAUGGACAUGCAUGAGGAGUGCAUGCAUGCAGGAUCGGAAACAGUUGUAAUCAACUUGAGAAGCAAGAUUUGGGUAACUCAGGUCAGGAGGGAUGUCAAGAGGAUUCUAAACAAAUGUCUUAUCUGUGAAGUACAAAAAGCAUGUCCAUCAAAACAGAAGAUGGCGCCGCUUCCUUCAGAUAGAGUGUCCUUUUCGCCUGCCUUCUCCGUGGUUGGUGAAGAAUUUGAUGGGCUGUUGUACGUACUCGAGGUACGUGGAAAAGACAAGCCGGAGAAGGUGUAUAUUUGCCUCUUCACCUGUGCGACGUCGAGAAUGGUACAUCUAGAGUUGACUCAUCGACUAACAACAGACAAGUUUCUUCAGGCAUUUAGAAGACUGGUUAACCGCCGAGGGAUCUGCAACACAAUGUGGUCUGAUAAUGCGCGAGCAUUCAAGUCUGCAGGAUCUUUCAUCAAAAUGGUCUUCGCUAGGGCAAAUAGCAUCAAAGAAACAGAGUUGGAUACAGAUGCUUUGACUACGUGGUUAGCUGCCAAGGGGAUAGAAUGGAAAUUUAUCAUUGAGCGAGCUCCAUGGCGAGAUGGCUGGUGGAAGGGGUUAGUUCGGUCAGUCAAGGAGUCAUUGAGGAGAGUGUUGGGGAAAGCACUUCUUAGAUACACUGAGCAGUACACAGUCUUGACAAAUGUUGAAGUUGCGAUCAACUCUCGACCAUUGACGACCAUAAGUGAUUAUAGUAGAGAUCUGGAACCUCUAACGCCAGCUCAUCUUGCAUUGGGAAGGCCGCUAAUGGGAAUACCAGAUGUAGCAGAAGAAACAUGGGAGGCAGCUGAUACAAUUGUGACGCAGCGCUGCUUGUAUAGACAAAAGUUAGUCAAUCCCUAUCGGAAGAGAUGGAAAAAAACGAAUAUCUACCAAGUCCUACAGUGA